UGCAUAAGUUUGAUCACAAUUUCAUUUAGUCAUUGAGUACGGUGCUACCCAGCCCUCACUGAAACUUUUUCCAUCUCAAUUAAAUCAUGAUUUCCGAACCAGCAAAUGACGCCUUAGGUAAGAACUAGAUGUGCAUUUUCCUCCGAAAGAAAGCGGCAUAUCGCAUAUGUAUUACAAAACAGACUAUUUUUAAUGCAAUGAAAUAGUUUAACUUAAUCGAAUCUUCAAUUUGAAAUACCUUACGUGAACGAAAAUUGGCCCUGCAGAGCAUAGAAAAAGCGAUUACAAGAAAACCGUCGAUGCAGGUGAAGGCCGUCGACGACGGGCAGAUACUACGUUGAGGAUCAGAAAGCAAAAGAAGGAACAGCAACUUAAGAAGAAGAGAGCCGAUGCCGUGGUUGCUUCCGCAGACACAAUUUCAAAUCUGCAGCCCGAUACAAAUAUAUGCCCGAACAGACCAGAAUCGAAACCAACAAUCAACGACGCUCCUCGUCUGAAAGCAAUACUGACAAACCCUUCUACAUCGGAACAAGCUCUAGUGGAAGCUACGAAAGGCUUCCGCCGUAUUUUAUCCGUAGAGAAAAAUAUUCCGGCACAAGAGUUGGUUGAUUGUGGCAUCGUUCCGUAUCUUGUAAGAAAUCUAUCUUCAUCUUCGACAGCCCUAGUUUUUGAGUCUGCAUGGGCACUGACGAAUAUCGCAUCUACUGAAUGCACGAUUGAUGUAGUGAAAGCAGGAUGUGUCAAACCUCUAGUCCAACUUUUGUUACAUACCGAUGCGAAUAUUCGCGAACAAUCAGCUUGGUGCCUAGGAAAUAUUGCAGGGGAAGGACCUAAUUUCAGAGACAUUGUUUUGCAAGAGCAAGCUCUUAGCUCACUAUUGAUGAAUGUGGCCAAUGCACACACUAUGUCUCUAUUGGAAAAUGUAGUGUGGACAAUCUCGAACUUGUGCAGAGGAACUCCCUCUCCACCCAAAGAGACGACAGCCCCUGUUAUCUUCCCGUUGGUUUCACUCCUUGAUAAGCCUAUAUCUGAUGGGGUGAAAGUUGAUAUUUUAUGGGCUUUAAGUUACCUGUCGGAUGGUGAUGAACAAAAGAUUGAAUUAGUGCUUGGUUCUGGAGUUACAUUGAAGCUUGCUCAUCUUUUACAAAACGAUAGUUUGAAGGUCAGGUGUAUGACUCCAAUCGUCCGUAUUCUUGGCAACUUCGUCUCGGGAAGUGACAACCAGACACAAGUUGUUAUCGAUUCAGGCAUUAUUGAUCGCCUCCCUUUUCUUUUAGGAAGCCGAUCGAAGACAAUUCGGAAGGAGUCAUCAUGGCUUGCUUCAAAUAUUGCAUGUGGUAAUCACAAACAAAUUACGAUGCUUAUGAAGAACACAAAAGCACUGACGCAGAUCAUCACAAAUGCCAAAAACGAUACUUGGGAAGUACGCAAAGAAGCUUUAUGGGCUCUUGCGCAUGUUUGUACGAGCGGGACUUCGAAGCACACCGAGUCUCUGGUUGAAAGCGGUGGGUUAGAACCCCUCAUUUCCGUAUUGGCAGUAGAAAACAUGGACCCAUCACUUCUAGUUGCUAUUCUGGAUGCCAUCAGGAAAGUUUUGGAAGUCGAUGAAGCAUCUCCUUUUCCGAAAAGAUAUGAUCAGAUUAUUGAUGAAUGCAACGGAAUUGAAUAUCUCGAAGAGCUGCAGACUCAUCCAAGCGAAACUGUAUACGAGAAAGUUGUUAGCCUCAUUGAAGACUAUUUUGGCGUUGAUGACGAGGGGGACGAGAACCUUGCUCCAGAACUGAACGAAUCGGGUACCUUUGGAUUUGGACUAGCAUCGCCGAAACAGCUUUUCACAAAUUUCACUGCAAAUGCUGUCAGCAGCUCCCCGAAUGCAUCAUUUCCGUUUGGAAGCGUCUCGACAAAUACAUUCUAUCCUGUUUAAGGAUAUUCACAAUUGAUUAUAAUUAACAUCUUCCUUUAUGGGGAAAGAAGGAUUUUAGUCAUGAUCAAAAAUCCAGGUGGCACAAAUUUUAACCCACCACCCCCCACCGCUAAAGAAUCUGCAGAAUCAAAGUCCUUCACAUUACCGCUAUGCGAUUGAUAGAUUGGUGAGAUCAGAAAUUUGUGUUUUAAUAAUCUAUGAUCAGGUAA